AUGGUCAAACCACUUACAUUCAAAGGCGACAAGCCCAAAUCCAAAAAGCGCAAGAAUCCCUCCUCCACCUCCACCGACUUCUCCGCGCCCGCAAAACUCCCUAAACAAUCACAAUCCUCCUCCGACCUCCGACAAGAUCAAACUCCAUACUCCAACGAAGAAGCCGAAAACACCGCUGAAGACCAAAGUUGGGUCUCCGCGGACACAACAUCUGACAUAUCAGGCCCAAUCCUUAUUGUCCUUCCCUCCGACCCACUGACAUGCAUAGCCUCAGACAUGAACGGAAAGGUCUUCGCAAGCGAGCUGGAGAACCUGAUUGACGGAGAUGCAAGGACGGCCGAACCGCACGACGUGCGGCAAGUGUGGGUUGCGACGAGAGUUGCGGGGACGGAAGGCUUCAGUUUGAAGGGGGCGCAUGGGAGGUAUCUCUCCUGCGACAAAUACGGCCUCUUCAGCGCGACUGCCUCCGCAAUUUCCCAGCACGAGAGCUUUCUCAUCCACCCCUCCCCCGAUAUCCCAGGGGCAUUCUUCAUGCAGACUCAAGGUGGGACAGGGGAGAGCGAUACAUUUGUUUCGGUGAAAGAGGGCGCGAAGGGCGUUGAGAUUCGGGGCGACGAAAAUAGUCUGUCAUUUCAGACGACGCUGCGCGUGCGUAUGCAGGCGCGCUUCAAGCCGAGGAUCAAGGCGAACAAGGAGACGAAGGCGCGGGAGAAGAUUAGUCGGAAGGAGUUAGAGGAAAUUGUGGGCAGGAGGUUGAAUGAGGAUGAAGUCAAGAGAUUGAGGAAGGCGAGGAGGGAGGGAAACUUUCAUGAGGAGGUUCUGGAUGUUAGGGAUUGUCCGUGGAGAAAACGAAUCCUUACUGGCUACAGAUAA